GGGACCGUGACCCUUUCUGCUGUUCUGAAGCUACGGACAUGGCUGAUGUCUCUGUCCCAGUUCAAUGUCAGAGUUGUUUUUGCUCCAUAACAAAUGCUAUGGGAAGACAGAGAAGCCUCAAGCUGUUUUGAAGAUUGUGCAACGAUGCUUGGGAGCCUACUUGCUUUUGCUUGAGUGCUUUCCUCUCUCACAUUUCACAGGAUGCGACAGGAAGGGAAAUACAACCGAAUCGGACAGCCCUGGUAAUUGGACUCGAAACCUUCAUAUGCCCUGGGGGUGAGUUAAUUCGUUCAGCCGAGGCGAUUUCACGCCAGAAUGCAGUCUCCAAACAAGAAGGACAAUUGCGCUGCCUGCGCUGUGCAUAUGCAUGGUGCCUGCCUGGCAGAUCGACUGCUGCGACAAAGAGCCAUGAGCCACUCCAGACACAUGGGCAAGAUAAGGAAAAGGCUGGAGGAUAUCAAGAACCAGUCCACGAAGUUGACAAAAGCGGAUUUCAGCCACAACGAAAGCAUAAGGUUGGCCACUGACGCCUUCCUGGAUGGUGGGACAGACUCCUACCUCGAAACUUUAAGCAAAGAGGGCGAGGUGGAUUUCCUCUCCUCGGUGGAAGCUCAGUACAUCAAGGAUAAUGCCAGGGAAUCCUAUUAUGCACAGGAGUCCCUGGCCACCGAUGGGACGGCUGCGCCAAAGCAGACCGAUGCCGGGUCGCUCCCUUCAGGGACCUACUUCCCCACCAUUUCUGACAGCAGUGAGCCAGCUUUGCUGCACACAUGGAUUACAGCGGAGAAGCCCUAUUUAAAGGAAAAAUCCACCGCCACUGUGUAUUUCCAAACAGAGAAGAACAGCAACAUUAGAGACAUCAUACGCCGGUACAUCAACAAGACCACUCAGGUGCUAGCUAUCGUGAUGGAUGUGUUCACAGACACUGAGAUUCUUUGUGACCUCCUGGAGGCAGCUAACAAGCGCAUGGUGUUUGUCUACCUGUUGCUCGAUCAUGGCAGUAUAAAUCUCUUCUCGGAGAUGUGCGACAAGUUGCAAAUUGCUGAGGAUCUCUUCAAGAAUAUUUCAGUCCGCAGUGUUACUGGAGAGGUUUAUUGUGCCAAAUCAGGCAGGAAAUUUUCAGGACAAAUACAAGAAAAAUUUCUUAUCUCUGACUGGAGAUACGUGCUCUCUGGAUCUUACAGCUUCACGUGGUUAUGCGGCCAGGUUCACCGCAACCUCCUCUCCAAGUUCACGGGUCAAGUUGUGGAGCUGUUUGAUGAAGAGUUCCGACACCUUUACGCGCUGUCCAAGCCAGUGAGGGGACCGAAGUCUCCACCGCACACCGCGCCCUUCCUGUUCAGCAAGAGCUGGGCCCCCCAGUGCAACCUCCCCGACAGCGACGAGGGAAGCGCUAACACUCUUUCCGAUCCCUUCAGCAGCCUCUCAGCUGGCAGCACCCACCAGACCAAGCAAUCCCCAAGAACUCUCAUAUUCAGCAGCAACUUCACCCCCCCGUCACCUCUCCACAGGGUUAAUUCCUUCCACAGCUAUGUCUCAUUAACUCCCCCGCCACCACAGAAAGCCAUCCAGGCUAACUACUAUCAGCCACACUAUGUGGCCGAUAACUCCACAGUUCUGUAUAACAACAUGAACGUUUACAGACCUGUAAGACUUAGACAAGAGGAACCAAACAGGACAGGGUUAAGCUCACCCUGGAGAUGCCUCCACAAAGCUAACCUGUUUGCAUAAUAACCACCUUGUUUUGAAUUGCAAGUAAAUGUAGUGAGGACCUGUUUAGCAAUCGCUUGUGUACUGAUGAAUAUAGAAAUUCUGUAUAAUACAAAAUGAGGAUGAUUUCAA